GUUGAAAAUCAGUUUCUGAGAACCGGGUAGCUUCUCCUGCUGGCACUCACUCCCCCCAGCCCCCGUGCCCGGAGAAACUUCCAGAAAGAGCCCCAGCGGCCCCGCCCUGGACCGGCUGCACUGCAGCUCACAGAAAGCCCAGAACACCUCGGGGACACGUGACUGAAUAAAAGGGCAAUCAGGACGCCACGGCUCCCCCAGAAGCGAUGGCCCAGCCCUAUGCCCCGGCCCAGUAUCCCCCUCCGCCACAGAACGGCAUCCCCACCGAAUACGCCCCUCCUCCACCGCACCCCGCCCAGGACUACCCAGGCCAGACGCCGGUGCCUCCUGAGCACAGCAUGACCUUGUACACGCCAGCACAGAGCCACCCCGAGCCGCCGGGCAUCGACGCCGGCACACAGUCCAUAGCCGGGACCCAGACUGUGCCGCAGACAGACGAAGCGGCGCAGACUGACAGCCCGACACUGCACCCCGCCGACCCCUCUGAGAAGCAGCAGCCCAAACGACUCCACGUCUCCAACAUCCCCUUCCGGUUCAGGGACCCCGACCUGCGGCAAAUGUUCGGGCAAUUCGGAAAGAUCUUAGAUGUGGAGAUCAUCUUCAACGAACGAGGCUCCAAGGGCUUUGGGUUUGUCACUUUUGAGACCAGUUCAGAUGCUGACCGAGCGCGGGAGAAGCUGAAUGGCACCAUUGUCGAGGGACGGAAAAUUGAGGUCAACAACGCUACGGCCCGCGUCAUGACCAACAAGAAGACAGUGAAUCCCUAUACCAACGGCUGGAAGUUAAACCCAGUAGUAGGCGCAGUCUACGGGCCUGAGUUCUAUGCAGUGACCGGAUUUCCUUACCCCACCACGGGCACGGCGGUCGCCUACCGGGGCGCACACCUGCGGGGCCGGGGCCGGGCAGUGUAUAACACGUUUCGGGCUGCGCCGCCCCCGCCCCCCAUCCCAACUUACGGAGCGGUCGUGUAUCAGGAUGGAUUUUACGGUGCUGAGAUCUAUGGAGGCUACACAGCCUACAGAUAUGCUCAGCCUGCCGCCACCGCUGCCUACAGCGACAGUUAUGGCAGAGUGUACCCCGCCGCUGACCCCUACCACCACACCGUCGGCCCCACAGCCACCUACAGCAUCGGAACCAUGUGAAAGCUUCCGCCGUUUUCUCCUUGGACCAUGAAGGGCAAAAACAAACAAA